AUGGAGGGAAAAGAAACUAAGGAGUCGACGCCUUCUUACGAGAUGGAUGUUGAUGCGCGUGGGACUGUUGAUACGUUGUCGGUGGAGGAGGAGAAGAAGCUUGUGAGAAAGAUUGACAUGAGCUAUGGACUGCAGUAUUUGGAUAAGACGAGUUUGGCGUAUAGCGCUAUUCUCGGCCUGAGAGAGGAUCUAAAACUGGUCGGCCAGCAAUUCAGCUGGGCAUCCAGUAUCUUCUACAUAGGCUACCUCGUAGCCUCAUACCCCAUCUCGCUCGGCUUCGUCAAAUUUCCUCUCGGAAAGUAUCUUAGCGUUCUCAUGUUCAUAUGGGGCGUUAUUCUCACUCUUCACUCUGUUGCGCACAACUAUGCUAGUCUCAUGGUUCUUCGCUUCUUUUUAGGUGUGUUUGAGAGUGCGAUAAGUCCUGGCUUCUCGCUUAUCACGGGAAUGUGGUAUACGCCUCAUGAACAUGUAUCGCGCCAUUCGUUCUGGUUUGCGGGGAAUGCGUCGGCGAGUAUGGUUGGCGCUAUGAUUGCCUAUGGGAUUCUGAGUUACCAUGGGCCUAUUGAGCAGUGGAAGAUGCUCUUUCUCAUCUUUGGCCUCAUCACCAUUGCUUGGUCUGUCGUCACAUUCUUCUUCCUCCCUGAUUCUCCUUCGACCGCUCGAUUUUUGUCAACUUCUGAACGAGAGUUUGCUUCGCUUCGACCUAAGAAGUUUCAGCGAACUACUCAGACCAAGAAGUGGGAUCGCGAUCAGUUUAUCGAGACGAUGAAGGACGUCAAGGCCUGGUGGUUCUUUUUCUUCUCUUUCAUCAUCUGUAUUCCCAACGGUGGAACCACAAGCUUCAGCACCAUUGUCAUCAAGAGCUUCGGCUACGAUGAGAAGCAGACUAUCCUCAUGGGCCUCCCUGCAUCAGCCUUCCAACUCACAACCGUCAUCCUCGUCGCUGUCUUCACAACAUACGUCCGCAAGUCUCGACACAUUGCUCUUGUUCUGACAUACCUGAUGGCCAUUGCUGGUAUUUUGAUGAUCAAACUCCUCCCUACGGCUGAGAAACUCUCCCGACUCGCAGGCUUCUGGCUCAUCAUGGCCGUUGCACCAGCAUUCCCUCUCAUGCUGUCUCUGUCUGCUAGUAACAUCGCUGGCUUCACCAAGAAGUCUACCGUCAUGGCUAUGAUCUUCUUGGGAUACUGUGCCGGAAACCUGAGUGGACCUCAGUUCUUUAUCAGCACUGAGGCACCGGGCUACCAUACCGCUUACACCACUAUAAUGGUCUGUUAUGCCAUUACCAUUGCUCUCGUGGUUGGAAUUUACUUCUAUCUCAUCUGGGAGAACCGCCGUCGCGAUAAUGAGCAGGGUGUCAAGAGAGAUCCUGAGGAGUCUCGACAGGUUGACCUCACUGAAGAUGGAACGCUCCUUCAAGUCGAUGAGACUGAUAAGCAGAACAAGAACUUCAGGUAUAUCCUGUAAGAAGAAAGUGAAUGUUGUGAUUCUCUUUUGGCGGCUUUGUUUGCGUGUUAUUGUGCUUGAGGACCGACAGCUAGUAGUUACAAAUGGGAAACAUAUUGCUUACAUUACUUCGCUUUCACAUUGAGGCCCUCUACACCUAUAAUAAGGCAAAGUGGAGGAAGAGAAUGGACAAUGAGGCAAUAAACUCCCGAAAGAUGAGAGAUUCCUUUGCAUAAAUGAAC